ACCGUCGCGUCCCUAGCUGACGCACCUAAGUCCUUAUGGUUUACGUAACGUUCGAGAUCAGCCAAUGCCGCAAUGGGGAUCUCGGGAGAAGGCGAAAACCAGCAGCAGGCGUCGGAUACACUUGUCUUGAGUGAAGAGAGAAACUUAUUAACUAACUAGCAUCACCUCCAUACGGUUAGUCUCUACGGUUCGCCAUGGGAGAGAAGGUCGACCAAGUCUUCGCUACAGCACCGUGAGAAGAGUCAAGAUGAGAACGCUGUUUCUCGCCUUCCUGGGCCUGGCCCUGCUAAUCAGCCUGCAGGACAGUCAGGGUGCAAGCGUCGACCAGCCUUCUCUCCGUUCCCCAAGAUCUGGAGACUCCGGCGGCGAGGCCAAGAGAGCCGCUAGCCACACUACCGGUGGUGAUGGAGACGAUGAUGAAGACGAAGACAGGCACGCUGCUGAGCAAGACGAGGACAAGGACGAGGAGGAUGACGAAGAGGAGGGUGACUUGUCCGACGCCGAGCUAGACGCGCUGAGUGAUAAGCUCAACCAAGAAGAAGAUGAAGCCAAAG